ACCAAGUAGUGCAGAACAGUUCGUCUCUACUCUUCUAAAGGAAUUCAAAAGGUGAAGCGCAUCAAUGAUGCGAACAAGGAUUUUGUGGUUUGGUGUAGGUUUCGCCUCUGCUUCUGGAGCAAUUGCGCAGCUUGUGCUCAAGGAUCUCUGGACGGAUCGCGCUUCCCUUGCUUCGCAGGCGACGGAAAAGUUCGAUUCGUUGGAUGCGCGAGUGUUUAAUCUGGAGUCUGUGAUUUCCAGCAAGCAUACUUCACCUCAGGAUGAAGGGAAUCUUGGAUGAAGGUUCUGAUUGUUUGCAGCAUAUGCAUAUGAUCCUACAGCUGUUCUACUGUUCUUUCUGAAGAUUGAAUGUAUUUACAUUACUUUUGAGACUUUUGAAUGGCAGUGAUCUACUCAUAUCCAUCUUGACUUUGUCACAUACAUUAUGCUGUCAAUGUCAUCUAGUAUGUUAUAAUUCGAUAUGGAAUUCAUCAA